AUGUGGUUAAAGAAAGUUUUCUGUAUAUUUGCUACUCUAUUUUACCGUUUUUCGCUCGUUGGUGGUUGCUAUGAAGGAGAAAGAGCAGCUCUAAUGAGCUUCAAAUCCUUGCUGACUGAUCCAUCUAAUCGGUUAUCUUCAUGGAAAGGCGAAAACUGUUGCAAUUGGAAAGGAAUCAAGUGCUCGAGUUCAGGUCGUGUUGUAGCUGUCAAUCUCCGGAAUCCUCAUCCGGUUAAAGUCAUGAUCAGUAUCAAUAAUGAAGUCAUUUCAAAUUCUAACAACGCGUCUGAUUUUGCGCUUAAAGGUGCUAUAUCUCCGCUGCUAUUCAGUCUCGACCAUAUCCAACAUCUUGACCUGAGUCUCAACAACUUCAUGUUCUCAAAGUUACCUGCUGAGAUAUCGAACUUAACAAAGUUGACUUAUCUCAAUCUGUCGAAUGCCAUGUUUCAAGAUUCCAUUGACAUGCAAUUCUCAAACCUUACAUCUCUACGGUCUCUUGAUCUUUCGUGUGCUAAUUUAGUACCUGAUUAUUCAUCUGUUUCUGUUAGCUUGACAUUACAACCAAAGUUAGAUGUUGGCACAUUUUUAUCUUUUAUAAGCUAUGGAUAUCUGUCUAGUCCAAAUCUAAGGUGGUUAGAAGGACUCCGACAUCUCAUAUAUCUCGUAAUGACAGGUGUUGAUCUAUCAAAGGCUUCGGAAUCAUUUCAUUGGGCUAAACCAGUAUCGAGUCUUUCAAAUCUCAUAUUACUUCGAUUAUCUAACUGCAACAUUUCAGGAAGAAUUCCGAUAGGGCAGUUACUUAACCUUACUAGCCUUUCUGUUCUAGAUAUGCGCGCUAAUAUUCUAACAUCCACGAUCCCUGAUAUGUUAUCGAACCUCACAACCCUCUCGGUUCUUGAUUUUACUGGCAACGAUUUAGAUGGUCAUAUCCCUUACCUUCCUCAACUCGAACAACUUUAUGUUUCUAGCAAUCCUGCUAUGACCAUAAAUCUCGUUUCAAUGUUUUCAGCCUCGUGGUCAAAGUUGAAGUUUCUCGACAUAAGUUUCACUCAUGUAGGCGGAACGCUUCCUUCUUCUUUAAGCAACUCAACUUCGUUAACUUUUUUCCAAGCUGAUGGAUGCUCGAUCCAAGGGUCUAUACCUUCUUCAGUUACAAAACUUAAGAAAUUAAGAACGCUGACGCUUAAUGACAACAAUAUCAUAGGCCAACUUCCUGUAUCCAUGUCCAGUUUGAUAAGCCUUCGAUACUUAUCUCUGAUCCAGAAUGGUUUACGGGGGCAUAUUCCUACUUCGAUUUGUCAAAUCCUUUCACUGGAGUACCUGAAUAUAGAAUGGAACGAGCUAACCGGACGCCUUCCCUGGUGCAUACUUCAGCUUCCAAAGCUUUCGUAUCUUUCUGUUAAUAAGAAUAACCUGAAUGGUAAUCUGCCGCUGUCUUUGCUCCAGAAGUCUAGAUUGGAUCUAAUUUCCUUCGGAAUUAAUGGAUUGUCAGUGGAAAACGAUAAUCAGUAUCAACACGCUGUGCAAACUUUCCAGCCCAAGGUUAUGGAAUUUACAUCUUGCAAUAUGAGAGGAGAAAUCCCAGAGUUCUUUUCAAAUCUGACGAGCCUCGUGAUCUUAAUUUUGGCGAACAACAGUCUAUCAGGAGCCAUACCGUACUGGUUGUUCAAUCUACCAGCCCUAUCUGUAGUAGACUUAUCGAUGAAUAACUUCGAGGGAGUUAUAACUCCAACGAUUCAGAUGAAAUCUUCACUUUUCCCAUCAAUAGUAAACUUAGCCAGAAACAAACUUCAAGGCCCUAUCCCUACUCAGCUCGAGAAUGUUAAUGUCAUCGAUUUAUCACUUAACAAUUUCGUAGGCUCAAUUCCAGCACAGAUAGGAGAAAUUCCUGCAAUCAAGUCCAUAUCAUUAUCCGGAAACAAAAUUCACGGUCCAAUACCUAAAUCAUUUUGCCAAUCAACUAAUGUUCUCCAGGUUCUUGAUCUCUCUAAUAACAGCUUGUCAGGCAGCAUUCCACGCAGUUUGGGGAACUGCAAGUCUCUCAUUUACCUUAAUCUUGGACAAAACAAGCUCACUGGAAGUGUUCCGGAAGCUCUUGAACGCGUUACAAGGUUUCGUUGUCUUGACCUGAAUGGAAAUGAGUUUGAAGGUUCUUUUCCGACAAUGAUUGAGAAGUUUCAAGAACUGGAGAUCCUGAAUUUGGCAGGACCCAUUGCCAAUAGGAAAGUGGACAAGUAA